GUUUCUCCUCCUAUCUGGAACCCAAUAUUUUGAAGGAUUAAGAGGGAAAUGCAGAGGUGCUUGUUGUCUUCUCCUUCAACUACUAACUGCGCAGGACUGCGCCUUCACCCGUCUUUGAUGCCCAAGCUCAAGGUCGUUAAACUUGUGUCUUCGGUACCAUAUCACACUAGAUUUAGAAAACUCAGACCCCCUCCCGGCCUCAUGCUGAGUCAACCGAAAUGUGGUCAAGCUUUGAAUUUUUUCUCAACCCUUCACAAUUCCUUUAUGUUUGCUUUGCCACCCAACCACUUAAAUUAUACACUACCUUGGAAUAGAAAUGUAAUCUCUACUUGUAUGACUUCCAGUGUUAUCAGAUCAACCUCAGCCUUUGUGCCUCUUUCCAAAAUGUUUUUUUCUCAAUCCCCUUCAGUGGCAGCUAAGAAUGAUGUUAUGGGUGUCAGAGAUGGAAAGAGUAGUGGCUUCAGCUUCAGACGGUUUAAUAGGCAUUCAAAGAAGCUAAAGGGAGUAGUUGCUCUCAAUGGGAACAAGGGUGCGCCUUCUGGAUCACCUGCUUCAAUUUCACUUCUUGACAAUGCUAAGCCAGACUCUACUUCCAAUUCACUUGUUAACACUGCUAGGCCAGACUCUACUUCUACUUUGGUUACCAAUUCUAAGCCAGAAUCUAAAGUUAGUCCGAAGAAGAAAAAACAGUCAAGAAGCAAGAACAAAAAGGAACAAAUUUCUAGCACUGUUGUUUCAGAGGAAGCACAUGUGGCGAAAAGCUCAAAAAAUUCUUCUCUGAGAAAUUCAACUGGCAACUUACUGACUGAAACUCACGAUGGUUCUGCUUUAACCAAAAAGCGGUCCAAAAAGAAAAGUACAAGCCCAAACAGAAGGCAGCCAAUGGGAGAAGAUAAUGAUCCAAUUCAGAAACAGGUGCAGAAAAAGUCAUCCCAACGAGAAAAGCCGCUGAAGCAACUAUAUCCUCCCACUGGGAAGUCUGUUAUGGUGGUUGAAUCUGUUACAAAGGCGAAGGUUAUUCAGGGCUACCUUGGUGAUAUGUUUGAAGUCUUGCCUAGCUAUGGUCAUGUUAGGGACCUAGCUGCUCGUUCAGGAUCUGUGCGACCUGAUGAUGAUUUUAGCAUGGUAUGGGAGGUCCCUAGUGCUGCGUGGACGCAUCUUAAGAGCAUUAAGGUUGCACUGUGUGGAGCAGAAAAUCUUGUUCUUGCAUCUGACCCAGACCGUGAAGGGGAGGCUAUUGCUUGGCACAUCUUAGAGAUGUUGCAGCAGCAGGAUGCUUUAGGUGAAAAUGUCACUGUAGCAAGAGUUGUUUUUCAUGAAAUAACUGAGGCAUCCAUCAAAAGUGCUCUGCAAAUGCCACGAGAGAUUGAUGUUAACUUGGUACAUGCUUAUCUUGCCAGACGCGCUCUUGAUUAUCUGAUUGGGUUUAACAUUUCACCACUAUUAUGGAGAAAACUACCAGGCUGCCAGUCUGCUGGACGAGUGCAAUCAGCUGCUUUGUCUCUUAUUUGUGAUAGAGAAACAGAGAUUGACGAGUUUAAGCCACUCGAGUAUUGGACUAUUGAGGUUCAGUUGAAAUUUGAAGAAUCAAGUACUGUAGUAAAAGAUGCUUCUUUCCCUGCACGCUUGACUCGUUUUAAUUCGAAGAAGUUAGGUCAAUUCUCAAUCACUUCAGAGACAGAGGCAAAAGAUGUACAGCAGAAGGUUAAUUUAGAAAAUUUUAAAGUGAUCAACUCUAAAAGAAACUCCACUCGAAGAAACCCUCCAGCCCCAUAUAUAACAUCGACACUUCAGCAGGAUGCUGCAAACAGAUUAAAUUUUCCUGCAACGUAUACAAUGAAGCUAGCACAGAAGCUUUAUGAAGGGAUUCAGUUGUCAGAUGGUGAGGCAACUGGGUUGAUAACAUACAGCAGAACAGAUGGGCUACAUAUUUCUGAUGAAGCUGUUAAGGACAUUCGCUCCUUGGUUACAGAAAGAUAUGGGCCACGUUUCACCCCAGAAAAUGCAUGUAAGUAUUAUAAGAAGGUCAAGAAUGCUCAAGAGGCUCAUGAAGCAAUUAGACCCACCAAUAUUCGGAGGUUACCAUCGAUGCUUGCAGGAGCACUUGAUGAAGAUUCAUUGAAGUUAUACACUCUUAUUUGGUCAAGAACUAUGGCAUGUCAAAUGGAACCUGCAAUCAUAGAGCAGAUACAACUUGAAGUCGGGAAUUGUGAUGAGUCCACCAUUUUCCGAUCUUCAUGCUCAAAAGUGGAGUUCCUUGGCUAUCAGUCUGCUUAUCAGGAUGAAGAAUCUGAAACACUCGGAUUUAAGGAUAACGAAGUAAACCGCUAUUCCGAGACUUUUGGCAUUCUUAGUUCAUUGAAGAAGGGAGAUCGGCUGUAUAUUGGUGAAGUAGAAACCAAGCAGCAUCAUACUCAGCCACCAGCACGCUAUUCUGAAGGAUCGUUGGUCAAGAAAUUGGAGGAGCUUGGAAUCGGUAGACCUUCGACAUAUGCCUCAACAUUGAAAGUUUUACGGGAUAGAAAUUACGUGACAGUAAAAAAUCGUGUAUUAUACCCAGAAUUUCGCGGUCGCAUGGUCUCAGCAUUUCUCGCUCACCAUUUUUCUGAGGUCAAUGAUUACAGUUUUACAGCUGAUAUGGAGACAGAACUUGACAAUGUUUCUGCUGGAUUAACUGAAUGGAAAGGGCUCCUUAGGGAUUACUGGGCACGUUUCAGCUCAUAUUGCAGUCGUGCUGCCAGUGUUCACAUUCAUCAGGUGGAGAAGAUGUUGGAAAAGACAUUUGGAGAUUUCUUGUUUGCUUCUCUCCCUAAUGAAAGUAGGACGUGUCCAAGUUGCAUGGAGGGCACCUUAAUAUUCAAAGUAAGCAGAUUUGGUGCAGGCUAUUUUAUAGGAUGUGACCAACACCCAAAGUGCAAGUAUAUUGCUAAGACGUUAUAUGGUGACGAGGAGGACGAAGAGAGCCCUCAAAAGAACAACAAUGUCGAGGAGCCAAAACUAUUAGGUCUUCAUCCGGGGACCAAUGAGAAGAUUUUCUUAAAGAGUGGCCCUUAUGGACACUAUGUGCAGCUUGGUGAAAACAGGACCGGUUAUCAACCCAAGCGAGCCUCCGUUUCUCAUAUAAAGAAGGUGGAUUCUAUCACCCUCGAAGAUGCCCUCGAUCUGCUACGUUACCCGUUGACAUUGGGAGAACACCCUAAGGAUGGACACCCUGUGAUAUUGAAGCUUGCAAAGAUUGGAUUCGCUGUUCGCCAUCGACGCACAACUGCUCCUGUUCCCAAGGCUAUGAAGCCGAAAGACGUGACCAUGGAGAAAGCAUUGAAACUUUUGUCAAGUAAAGAUGUGAGAAGAUCUGGACGACCCAAGAACAAACCAAAAGUUGAAGAAGAAGACAUUUGACAUCAAUGGUGUUUUAAGCAAGUGGAGCAGAAACAUGAUUUUGGGAUGAGAACUAAGGGUAAGAACAAGUAAUUAGGCAUAGAUAGCAAUGAUAAGU